AUGCUCCUCCGACUUUUUGUGGCGUUUUUAGUAUUACCGGCUUGUCUGGCCUUUUGCCCAAAGCUUUUUCAGAAUCAGACAGCAUGCUCCUGCGACAGCACGGUAGAAGGACCAGUCAUCAGAUGCAGUGGUACAGAUGGACUCAUGAUUGUUGACAAGCUCAAGGCGUCUCACAUGGAAAUCAAAGAGUUCGCUUUGGAAAACGCUAAUAUUAUCGAGAUCGGACCACGUGCCUUCAAGAACUUGAGAAUCAAGAAGCUCAAUCUUGACAAGAACAGAAUCCAACACAUCCACGAGCACGCAUUCCAGGGAUUGGAAAAUGUGAUGCAAGAGUUGUCCAUCUCUGAGAACAGCUUGGAGGAGGUCCCAACCAAAGCUCUUUCCGGACUCCGUGUUCUUAACAUCCUUAGCUUGAAAUGCAACAAAAUCGGGAACAUCACUAAGAAGGCAUUCGUCAACAUGACCUCCCUUAUUGAUGUCAACUUGGCUUGCAAUCAAAUCUGUGAGAUGACUCCAGACACCUUCGAGAACGUCAAGGCCUCCCUUCAAAAUUUGAUUCUUGAUAGCAACUGCAUGUCUGCCUUCCCAGGCAAAGCCGUGAGAAGUAUGAAUAACUUAAUUGCUCUUCAUGUCAAGUACAACAAGAUCAAUGUUCUCCAACAAAACGACUUGUCCAACCUCACUUCUCUCUCCAUGCUCUCACUGAACGGAAACAACAUCUCUGACGUUAAAGGAGGAGCUCUCCAGAACACAUCAAACCUUCGCUAUCUCUACUUGAACGAGAAUAACCUCCAAACAUUCGACAAUGGAGUUAUGGAGCAAUUCAAACAAGUCCAAGUCCUCGAUUUGUCGUUCAACAACUUCAGCGACAUCACCAAGGAAAUGUUCGAAGGACUUGAAAGCAUCCAACACUUGAACCUUGACAGCAACCAAAUCAAGUCAGUCGCCGCUGGAGCAUUCGCCGGAACUCCACUUUUGUUGCUCUGGCUUCCAAACAAUUGCUUGUCUGAGAUCACUCAACAAACUUUCCAAGGAGCACCAUUCCUUCGCAUGGUUUCCCUCUCCAACAAUAAUAUCAAGUCUAUCCAGGAGCUUUCCUUUGCCCAUCUCGCCAACCUCCACACCCUCGACUUGGCCAACAACAAGAUUAUGUCCCUCCAAAACAAAUCUCUCUCCGGAGCCGAGAAUCUUUCCGUCCGUCUCCAAGAAAAUCCAAUGGUAUGCUCACAAAACGGAUUCCACGUAUUGAACGCCGGAGAAGCCAUCAACCUUACCAGCGAGGCUAACAACGUCUGCAAGGGAGACUGGCAUGCCGAGACUGUCGACUUGUGUCCAAAGGCUCAACCACGUCCAGCUAGACCAACUUGCUGCUCCAAUGUCAUGCCAACUACUACCACUACAACUACUACCACCACUACUACCACUUUGGCUCCAUCCACCACCACAGAGGAGGAAGAAGUUGAAGAAGCCGAUGAUACCGAGGAGACCACUACCGUUGAAUCAAAGAAAUCUAAGAAGGCUAAGGCGACCACCACAACCGCAGAGCCAGAGGAAGAGUAUGUUGAGGAGGAUGACGAGGAGACAGAAGAAGAAGAGACCACCACUGAGAAGCCAACCACCACCACAACUACUGAGGCUUCCAAGUCUAAGAAGGUCAAUAUGGAGAGAUUCUGGAGACUAUCAAACAAGCCAAGCGGAAAGUCACCAUUCAUGAGACAUUCUCAAGGAAGCAAGCCAAAGUAUCUUCAAACGACCACCACCACUGAGGCUCCAGAAGCUGCUGAGGAAGAGGAAGCUGGAGAUGAGGCUGAGUACAUCAGUGAGGACGACGAGGACACUGAGGAAGCUGAAUCCACCACCGCUGCCACUACCACCACCGAGGCCGACGUAAAGGUUCCAGCUAGAAUCAGAGAGCGACAAAAGAUGUUCGCCAACAUCCCACCAUGGAUGGCACAAAGAACAAAGACCGACGAGACAGUCGAGGAGGAGUUCAGCAAGGACGACGAGGUUGAGACUGUUGAGACCGCCGAGAAGCCAGCCAGACAGUAG